GUCCCUUUAUCUGUUAAUGUUACGUGGGGAAAAUACAAAGAUCAGUUUCUCUUUAUUUGAUAUGGGCGUACUGUGAGGUGAAUUUUCCUAUUCAAUAUGGAACUUAGUAUUAUAAAAGGACCACAACUGGUAAUCGCUUUAGACAUAGGAAGUACUUACUCUGGAUACGCUUGGCAACACAGAUCUGAGUUCGAGACCAAUAGAAACAAUGUUAAUUUUAACACUAGCUGGGGAGCAGGUGCUUUACAGCUCCACAAAACAUCCACGUGUAUUCUCAUCGAAAUCAAGAAAGGAACAGGAAAAGUGGUAAACAAAAUACCAGAUGUCAAAGGUCUAAUUAAUGAAAAUAAAUUCAGUAUCACGGAAGAUGUAGAAACAAAAAUAGGACAGGAGGCAGAGAGGGUAUAUAGCGGAAUUGCCAAGAAGUAUAAAAUUCAUGAGAUCUAUGGCCAAUACUACUUUUUUAAAAGUUUCAAAAUAGCUCUGUAUGAUAAGCAUCUUAAUCGUUCGAUAGAGGACCAGAUAGAUCAACCACUUCGCUUGUUUGAUGUAAUGACAUUGUUCAUCAAAGCAUUAAAGGAUCAUUGUUUAAAGAAACUACAGACACAAGGGAUGCCAGUUGACAUUAACAAAACUCUUUUUGUCGUAACUGUUCCUGCAAUAUGGACAGAUGAAGCAAAGAAAUUCAUGAGAGAUGCAUCUAUAGCGGCUGGUAUUGGUAACAAGAACUUGUUAUUGGCGUUGGAACCAGAAGCUGCAGCUAUAUAUUGUUUAAAUCUCCCUAAGGGUGAAAGAAAAGACAUGAAUGAUCUUGGUAUGAAAGGACAGAAGUUUCUAGUGGCCGACUUGGGAGGUGGAACAGCUGAUUUAUUUGCAGUGAAAGUCGAAGAAUCAGGUUUUGUUAGGGAAAUCUGUCCACCACAAGGUGAUCCGGUCGGCGGUCAAAAUAUAAAUAGGGCAUUCCUGCAAGUUUUUUAUGAUUCAUUUGAAGGAGAUGAUUGGAAGAAGACUUUUGGUAAAGCCACUCCAGUUGAAAUGUGGAAAAUGGAAGCCGAUUUUGAGAAAAAGAAGGUUGAAAUUGGGAUGCAUGCUCAGAAAGUCAAACUGAAGGAUACAGGAUAUAUUGAUUUUCAGGAUAAUCAGUUUAUGUUUAACUCGGAGCUGAUACGAAAAAAUCUUUUUCGGGAAACAUGUAAACUUAUUUAUGGAACUAUUAAGAAAGUUCUUAAUGAACCUGAAGCAAAUGGAUUGAAAACAGUCGUACUUGUUGGAGGUUUUGCUGAAUCGCCAAUCGUCGUCGAAAAUAUCCGGAAAAUGAUUGCCAAUGAUUUUCAAGGAAUAAAGGUUGUUAUACCAUCAUCGCCUUUCAAAGCUGUCUU